GCGCCGGAGCCCGUUCCGCGUCCCCGCCGCCGGGAGGAGGUGCCCGCACGCUCGCGGCGCGCGCCGGCCGCCAGACUCGGCCUGUGGGCGAUUUCCUCCGGACCCGAGCUCCCGGCCCAGGAGGAAGAUGCAGACCUUUCUGAAAGGGAAGCGAGUUGGCUACUGGCUGAGCGAGAAGAAAAUCAAGAAGCUGAAUUUCCAGGCCUUCGCCGAGCUGUGCAGGAAGCGAGGGAUAGAAGUCGUGCAGCUGAACCUCAGCCGGCCGAUCGAGGAGCAGGGUCCCCUGGACGUCAUCAUCCACAAGCUGACCGAUGUCAUCCUGGAAGCCGACCAGAACGACAGCCAGUCCCUGGAGCUGGUGCACAGGUUCCAGGAAUACAUCGACGCCCACCCUGAGACCAUUGUCCUGGACCCCCUUCCUGCCAUCAGGACCCUGCUGGACCGUUCCAAGUCCUACGAGCUCAUCCGGAAGAUCGAAGCCUACAUGAAAGAUGACAGGAUCUGCUCACCGCCCUUCAUGGAGCUCACGAGCCUCUGUGGGGAUGACACCAUGAGGCUCCUGGAGGAGAACGGCCUGGCGUUCCCAUUCAUUUGCAAAACCAGAGUGGCUCAUGGCACCAACUCGCACGAGAUGGCCAUCGUGUUCAACCAGGAGGGCCUGAGUGCCAUCCAGCCGCCCUGCGUGGUCCAGAAUUUCAUCAACCACAACGCUGUCCUGUACAAGGUAUUUGUGGUCGGCGAGUCCUACACUGUGGUCCAGAGGCCCUCGCUGAAGAACUUCUCUGCGGGCACAUCAGACCGUGAGUCCAUCUUCUUCAACAGCCACAACGUGUCGAAGCCAGAGUCAUCAUCCGUCCUGACCGAGCUGGACAAGAUCGAGGGCGUGUUCGAGCGGCCGAGCGACGAGGUCAUCCGGGAGCUCUCCAGGGCCCUGCGGCAGGCGCUGGGCGUGUCGCUGUUUGGGAUCGACAUCAUCAUCAACAACCAGACGGGCCAGCACGCGGUCAUCGACAUCAACGCCUUCCCAGGCUACGAGGGCGUGAGCGAGUUCUUCACGGACCUCCUGAACCACAUCGCCACCGUCCUGCAGGGCCAGAGCGCAGCCACGGCAGGCGCGGGGGACGCGGCCCCGCUGAGGCACAGCAGGCUCCUGGCGGAGCAGGCGGGCAGCCUGGCGGGCGAGCGGACGUGCAGCGCCAGCCCCGGCUGCUGCAGCAGCGUGCUGCGCCAGGACCCCCCCUGGACGGCCGAGGCCGACGCGGGCGGCACCGCCAAGCUACCGCACCAGAGACUCGGCUGCACCGCCGCCGUGUCGCCCAGCUUCCAGCAGCAUUGCGUGGCCUCGCUGGCCACCAAGGCCUCCUCCCAGUAGCCAGGGAGCCCGGGACCCAGAGGGGCGGCGCGGGCCGCGGAGCACACCUGCUGGGCGAGCGGCUCCCAAUGGUGACGCUACUAAGAGUUCCCAACAAUCUGAUUCUCCUUCUUUUUUUUAA